UAUAUUUAAAAAAACUUUAUGAACUGUACGUGCGUCGCUUUAACGUUUCUGUAGUCACUUUUUUACAGUGGAGCUUUAUCUCAUCCUGCAUGAAAAGUCAAUUUUUUUAGAGUCAUUACGCAGAAGAAAUGAAGUGCUAUUAUCAGGUUCUAGGUGUUGAAAAAAAUGCAACUUCUGAUCAAAUUAAAAAAGCUUUUAAAGAAAUGGCUCUUAAAUGGCACCCAGAUAAGAAUCCGAACAAUACAAAGGAAGUUCAAAAUAUGUUCAUAAGCAUUCAAGAAGCUUAUGAGACGCUUUCAGAUCCAGAAGAACGUGCUUGGUAUGACAGCCAUCGUUCGCAAAUUUUACAAGAACCACUAACUACUCAGGGAACCAGUGUAGAUCCAUUGUUUCAACGCGUCAAUCUUUAUAACUGUUUCCGAAAAACUUAUUUUGACGGUUAUGCUGAUAAAGUGGAUGGCAAACCCAACAAGAAUAAUUUUUUCUCGAUGUACACUAAUGUUUUCAAAAUCAUUGUAGAAAUUGAACUAAAGGAUUCCGAAAAUCCUAAAACCAAUGAUUACAACGCUUUUUUAAAUGCACCAUCUUUUGGUGAUUCAUUUUCUAAACUAUCUUCGAUGCAAACUUUUUAUACUUUUUGGAGUCAAUUUUCAAGUCAACGUUCCUUCCAAUAUGCAAACAAAUGGGAUUGUCCUAAUGCUUGUAAUCGAGCGAUGAGACGUCAAUGGGAAGCAGAAAAUAAAACAUUACGUUUGAACGCGAAAAAAGAACUUAAUAUAACGGUACGUGCAUUAUGUUCCUGGUUGAAAAAAAAAGAUCCACGUCUUGUUCAAGCAUGGAUUGAAAAUGCGGAAAAAACACGAGAAAACAGACGGUCUGGUUUGGUUCAAAAACGUACUGAAAACGUAAGUCAAGAAGACAAUCGCUUAUUACAAAGAAAGCUUGAAUUGGAAAGAUGGGAACGCUUAAAAGUAGAAAAAGCUGAAGCAUUGAAGAAUCGUUCACAAACCUUUUUAGAUGAGUGUGAAAUGAGUUCAGAAAGUUUUCAAUCGGAUUCACAAAGUGACGUUACUGGAACAAUGAAACCUAAAAAAAACGUUAUCAUUUACUACGUAUGUGAACCGUGUCAUCGUCAUUUUCGUAGUAAGGCACAGUAUUCUUGUCAUGAAAAAUCCAAAAAACAUAAAAAAACUAUUCAAUCGCUGUAUGAGGAAAUAAACCACCAUUAUGAUAAUACGAGUGUGCCAUGUGCAGAGGUUAAUAAAGACAUUAUUAUUAGUGAUGCGUCAGAGGGUGAAAUAAAUAAUUCGAAAACUAACGACUUGCACACAAAUAAACAAGAUGACGUGAGCCUCACUUUUGACGUUUUAAGCGAAAGCGUCACCUCUUUAAAUGACGACGAUUCGUUCACAGAUCAACUUUUGAAUUUACGAUUAUCUCGAAAAAAGGGUAUAUCUGACUCGUACUCAGGUAGUGAAGAGGGGAAUGUCUUUUGUGCCCCUGAGUCACCCAAACACACCAGGGUGGUAGACAAUGCUCUACCUAGAAAACAUUCAAAAAAGAAAGUAGUAAACCGUAGUUCCAAUGCCUCAACUCUCACUGAACAUGUUUGUGGUACUUGUCAAGCCAAAUUCCUAUCCAAAAAUAAAUUAUUUUGUCAUCUUCGCUCUGAAAAUCACGUUCAAGUGUUGCCAACCAAAUUUUUAAAUGAAAAGCGAGUGAAAUCGAAAAAAAAAAAGAUUUAA